CCCGGAACCCGCCGGCGACACCUAGCGCGGGGCCGCCAUGCCGGCCGGGAGUAACGAGCCGGACGGCGUCCUCAGUAUUCAGAGAGCAGAUGAAGAGGCUGUGGUGGAUCAGGGCGGCACCAGUACCAUUCUUAACAUUCACUAUGAGAAGGAAGAGUUGGAAGGUCACAGAACUCUGUACGUGGGGGUUCGGAUGCCACUGGGCCGGCAAAGCCAUCGGCACCACCGCACCCAUGGCCAGAAACACCGGAGACGAGGGCGGGGCAAAGGAGCCAGCCAGGGGGAGGAAGGCCUGGAAGCCCUGGCCCACGACACGCCGUCUCAGCGCGUUCAGUUCAUUCUUGGCACCGAGGACGACGAGGAGCAUGUGCCGCACGAGCUGUUCACAGAGCUGGAUGAGAUCUGUGUGAAGGAAGGAGAGGACGCCGAGUGGAAGGAGACAGCCAGGUGGCUGAAGUUUGAAGAAGAUGUUGAGGAUGGGGGAGAGCGCUGGAGCAAGCCGUAUGUGGCAACCCUGUCCUUGCACAGCCUCUUUGAGCUAAGGAGCUGCCUUAUUAAUGGAACUGUCCUCCUGGAUAUGCGUGCAAAUAGCAUAGAAGAGAUUUCAGACCUGAUCCUGGACCAGCAGGAACUGUUCAGUGACCUGAGCGACAGCAUGCGGGUGAAGGUGCGGGACGCCCUCCUCAAGAAGCACCACCAUCAGAACGAGAAGAAGAGAAGCAACCUCAUUCCCAUCGUGCGCUCCUUCGCCGAGGCCGGCAAGAGGCAGUCUGACCCGCAUUCGAUGGAUAGGCACGGUCAAACUGUGUCUCCUCAGUCUGUCCCAACUACACAUCUGGAAGUGAAAAAUGGAGUGAAUUGCGAACACAGCCCUGUGGAUUUAAGCAAGGUGGACCUUCACUUCAUGAAGAAAAUCCCCACUGGGGCGGAGGCCUCCAACGUGCUGGUUGGAGAGGUGGACACACUGGACCGCCCCAUCGUGGCCUUCGUGAGGCUGUCCCCAGCCGUCCUUCUCUCGGGCCUGACGGAAGUGCCCAUCCCAACAAGGUUUUUGUUUAUCUUGUUGGGUCCAGUAGGGAAAGGCCAGCAGUACCACGAGAUCGGCAGGUCCAUGGCCACCAUCAUGACGGAUGAGAUUUUCCACGACGUGGCAUAUAAAGCCAAAGAGCGAGAUGAUCUCCUGGCAGGCAUUGAUGAGUUCCUAGACCAGGUGACGGUGCUGCCUCCAGGAGAGUGGGACCCCUCCAUUCGAAUCGAGCCACCCAAAAACGUCCCUUCGCAGGAGAAAAGGAAAAUGCCUGGCGUUCCAAAUGGAAACGUUUGCCACAUAGAACCCGAGCCGCACGGGGGCCACAGUGGGCCAGAGCUUCAGCGCACUGGGCGGCUGUUCGGGGGCCUGGUGCUGGACGUGAAGCGGAAAGCCCGCUGGUACUGGAGCGACUACCGGGAUGCGCUGAGCCUGCAGUGCUUGGCGUCCUUCCUGUUCCUGUACUGCGCCUGCAUGUCGCCCGUCAUCACCUUUGGGGGACUGCUCGGAGAAGCCACUGAGGGACGCAUAAGUGCAAUUGAAUCCUUGUUUGGCGCCUCCAUGACUGGGAUUGCUUAUUCCUUAUUUGCGGGACAGGCUCUCACCAUCCUGGGAAGUACUGGGCCAGUUCUUGUGUUUGAAAAGAUUUUGUUCAAAUUCUGCAAAGACUAUGCGCUUUCGUACCUCUCCCUGCGAGCCUGCAUCGGCCUGUGGACCGCCUUCCUGUGCAUUGUCCUGGUGGCGACGGACGCCAGCUCCCUGGUCUGCUACAUCACCCGCUUCACCGAGGAGGCCUUCGCCUCUCUGAUCUGUAUCAUUUUCAUCUACGAAGCCAUAGAGAAGCUGAUCCACCUGGCGGAGACCUACCCCAUCCACAUGCACAGCCAGCUGGACCGCCUCAGCCUCUACUACUGCAGGUGUGCUCCCCCAGAGAACCCAGACAAUCACACCCUCCAGUACUGGAAGGACCACAACAUCGUGACAGCAGAGGUCGGCUGGGCCAACCUGACCGUCAGCGAAUGCCACGAGAUGCACGGAGAGUUCGUGGGGUCUGCGUGUGGCCACCAUGGGCCCUACACGCCUGAUGUGCUCUUCUGGUCCUGUAUUCUCUUCUUCACCACCUUCAUCCUCUCCAGCACCCUGAAGACCUUUAAGACGAGCCGCUAUUUCCCAACCAGAGUGCGCUCCAUGGUGAGUGACUUUGCCGUCUUCCUCACCAUCUUCACGAUGGUGAUUGUGGAUUUUCUGAUUGGCGUCCCAUCACCAAAGCUUCAAGUCCCCAGCGUGUUCAAGCCCACGAGGGACGACCGUGGGUGGAUCAUCAGCCCCAUCGGCCCCAACCCCUGGUGGACUGUGAUAGCUGCCAUCAUCCCGGCUCUUCUCUGCACUAUCUUGAUAUUCAUGGACCAGCAGAUCACAGCCGUCAUCAUUAACAGGAAGGAACACAAGCUCAAGAAAGGCUGCGGCUACCACCUGGACCUGCUGAUGGUGGCCAUCAUGCUGGGCGUCUGCUCCAUCAUGGGCCUGCCCUGGUUUGUGGCUGCCACUGUCCUGUCCAUCACGCACGUGAACAGCCUCAAGCUGGAAUCCGAGUGCUCCGCGCCUGGAGAGCAGCCCAAGUUCUUGGGCAUCCGCGAGCAGAGAGUGACCGGCCUUAUGAUCUUCGUGCUGAUGGGCUGCUCAGUCUUCAUGACAGCUAUCUUAAAGUUCAUUCCGAUGCCAGUGCUCUAUGGAGUCUUCCUCUACAUGGGCGUCUCCUCUCUCCAGGGAAUUCAGUUCUUCGACCGCUUGAAGCUCUUUGGGAUGCCGGCAAAGCACCAGCCAGAUUUUAUCUACUUGCGGCACGUGCCGCUGCGCAAAGUGCACCUGUUCACCCUCAUCCAGCUGACCUGUCUCGUCCUGCUCUGGCUCAUCAAAGCCUCUCCGGCUGCCAUUGUCUUCCCAAUGAUGGUUUUGGCCUUGGUCUUUGUCAGGAAAGUCAUGGAUCUCUGUUUCUCUAAGCGCGAGCUCAGCUGGUUAGACGACCUCAUGCCUGAGAGCAAGAAGAAGAAGCUGGACGAUGCCAAGAAGAAGGCCAAGGAGGAAGAGGAGGCUGAGAAAAUGUUGGAGGUGGGAGGAGACAAGUUCCCCUUAGAGAGCAGGAAGUUACUAAGCAGUCCUGGGAAGAACAGCAGCUUCAGAUGUGAUCCCUCUGAGAUCAACAUUUCGGAUGAAAUGCCUAAAACCACGGUCUGGAAAGCUCUCAGUAUGAAUCCUGGAAGUACAAAGGAAAAGAGUCUCUUCAACUAAGAGUCUCCGCAGGAUAGAAGAUUUGGGCCAUGAGGUGCGUGCCUCGGGGGAAGUGCUGGUUACAGAAAAAACAGCGGGUCUCUCCGAGAAGAAGCAAGGCCAGGUCUGGUCCUGUCCGUGGCCAUCUCACCGCCAUGCCGAAGCGAUCAGUUCCUCGUGGCGUGCAGCGGAGGGCAGCCAGCCAUCCCGACCAGCAGCCAUCCGUCACCAGACGUGAACGCUGGGGAAGCCCACCUCCUGCGGGUCCUCCUCCUCCUCCACUUCCUCUCUCUCACUUCAGAACUGCCGCCACUGAAGACCCAGCUUCCCAUGUCCCAGCCAUUUUCUGUGGCAUCUCUGCUGGCCUGCUGAGCCCUGUGGACGCACUGUGUCACUGAGGUCCCUCUUCCUAAAGGCUGGCGUGGGUGGGGGAGUUGGAGAGGGACGGAGAGAAAAGGGAAGGCUGUCCAGUUCUGUUAGGGUCUGCAGGCUCGUGGGCAGCCCUGGGGGACGCUGGUUAGAACAGAGGCAGACAGGAGGGCCAGCCAUCAGGGCACUGGCCACACCUCCUGCUGCAGCCUCGCAGCUGGCUGCGUCUCCCUCAUGCCCUCGGUGAGCACCUUGGAAGAAACAAGGGCUAAGAGGCACCCUGAGUUGUUCAGCUUAGGUAGGAAAAGGUUCGGGAAAAUCCAUGGUGAUGAGUGAGGAUGGGCAGUUUCUCCUGGUUUCCCUUGAGUAAGAGAAUGAGCUUAAGUUGUCCAGAAGGAAUUAGUUUAGACGCCUGCAGGAGUGUCCUGGGCUGACGAUUUGUCGUAGCACCUGCCUUUUGGAUAGCUAGGGGAGAUUUCGUGUUUGUGAGUAGUAGGGGAGGGGUGUGUGUCAUCGCUGAUCGUUCUGCGGGACUGUUUGUGUCUUGAAGAUACACUUGGAUGCCAUCUGGAGAGAGCUCUCGUGUCUGUCUCCUUAGCUGCCUCAGUGGCAGGCCAGCACAAGCCCAGUGGCCCAAAGCCACUUCAGCCAUAUGGUUUCUUCUCAUGAUGGAUUUCUUGUCGCUGACGAAUGUGUUGCCUCUCAGAGGUUAAAAAGCAACACUGGCGAGUGAACUGUAAGCGAUGGAAUUCAUUUUGGUGUUUAGUUCGAGGCUGUGUUUAUGGGUUUUCCCUUCUCCUCUUGUUGUGAUGGAUGCCAGGGGCCUGCAGACAGAGCCCUCGUUCCUUUGCACACAGAAUGAGAGCCGGAGCAUCUGAUCACGCUUCCAGUUUCUUGUCCUGGAAUAUCGUGGCGUAGUGGGAAAUUCUCCUGGUGUGAUUUCCUUGCAUAGGUGAAGAACCGACAUCACUUUAUUGAAUUCUGUAUCCCUUUGCCUCUUAAAGCAUCUUAGUGCAUUCUAGUCUUACUCUAAAGACCUUUGACGCUGAAGAAUGCUGCAUUUUUUUCCUAUUUCCCUAUCCUUUAGGGUCACAAUGAUCUCAGCACAGUGGUGAUUUUUAAGGUGUUUAACAGCUGGUACAGGACAGACACCAACCACUCAGAACGGAUGCCUGCCGUGAACAAGCAGCCUCGCGCUGGGUGUCGUCCUGCUGUCUUCCUGGUCUGACCGAUUUCUGUUCACAAGGCUCUUGGAGGGGCUGCCUUGGCUUCCUUUCAUAAGGUGUGGUGGGAUCGGGCAGGCUGCUUUGAAACAGGAGGGCAGUAAAAUCUCGGGGAGCCAAAGCUUUACAUCUUACUGCUUCAGUUUGGAUAGGAUAACUAUAGCCCUUGACCUCCCAAAUUUGCAGAAAUUAGAAGCAACCUGUCAGUGGGAAAAUCUCUCUGGCUGACUUUUCCCUGUCUCCUCUGGCUGCUUCCUCUAGCCUUGCCUCUUUUUCAUCUUCUUUGUUCUCCGAGAACAUUUGCCCUUUGCUACUCCAUCUUGAUCCUUCCAUCUUUUCCUGCCACCCUCCGGGGGUGGGGGCAUUGGUGAUACUUUACCCACUUCCCUAGCCCCAGCAUGGCCAGGGAAUGUAGCACGGGGAGCCCAUCAUGCCCGUGAUGCAAGGAAGCCGGAUGACAGUGUCACUGAGAAACAGCUGUCUGAUGGCUUUCGCUGCCUCCCGUAUGCUGGGCUGCCCCGAGGGAGUGCUGGGCAGUGCCCUUCCUUCCCCAGCCACACCCUCCCAGGUCACUGCACCUGAGGAAUGGUAGCUACUUGGAAGGCUGUGCCAACCCUUUGAAGCCACUCUCAAUAACCACCCUCACUUCUGCCACAUCUCAAUGGGAGGAACCGUUCCCCACUCUCAUUUUCUGCUCUUUCUCAACCCCACCAAACACUCAGCCCCAUUCCUGCUGCUUUCUUGGUUAGGCCUGGAGAGGAGCUCGAGUUGAGUAGUACUGGGGGUAGGACGCUGGGAGUGGGAGAAAGGCAGCAACGUGUGUGUAAUCUGUGUGUUCAUGUACACGUUAUGAGUUGGCGAAUGAGAGUGUAGCCGUGAGAUUUCCUGGUUAUAAAGCUUUUGGCACCUAGCUGUGGGGCGGCGAACAAAUGUAAUCUCUCUUUGAGCCAGGGAAUCUGAUCUCAGAGUUCUCUGCCCAGUAGCAUGAGGUCAAGUUCAUGCAGGUACAGGUAUAGGAAAUGGCGGUUACGCCCAACACGAGGAGACACUGCUUUAGGGGAGGAAGGCACACAGGUGUUUAGGUGGUUCCUGUGCCUAACCCUUGCAGGACCGGGGCCCUGGGAGCCAGUGGGGUGGAGGCAGGAGGGGAGAAGCCGGUGGGGUCACGGCCCUGAGGGAGAAGAGCUACAGCUGCCAAGUAGUGGGUCACUUCCAAGCCAGGACUUUUAGGGGGCAGUUGGUCUAGAGAGAAGGGGAAGCCAGCAGACUAUGCCAUGCUGUGUUUGGUGGCCAAGACUCCACACCGGCUCUUUGUGGCUAGAGGUGGGUCGUGUCCCGUGCCUGAGGGCAGGACUCAGCUCUUGGCCCCCGUUCCCUUGUUUGUAGAAACUCGCCUGUAGGAGAGAGGGGCUCCCUAAGACGGCAGUCACUGCUUCUCUUCGACUGGGAUGUGGCUGGCCUCUAAAUUCAUCCUAAGUCUUUUUAAAAAUCUGGCAAGUGCUAAAGCCCAGGCGUGGUUGGCAGGUGAGGCUCUGACCACUGUGACUUUCGGGAGGUCUCUGGAGAAUCUGUGGUUUCCGGUCAUCCAAAGCCCAAAGUUGCAGGUCUGCCCCAUCUUCUGCUCCUGCAGCUCUGCAGCCUGGGCCGUGAUAGAGCCACCUGCUGCUGUCCGAGCCUGGGCUCCUGACUCGGCUCUCCGGGCAGCGGAGGAGCUGGGUUUGCAGGGCCCUGGCUUUCUUCUCAACUAGCAUCAGAAGCGCUGUGCGUGGUCUCUCGGCCGUUGGCUCAGCUCCUCGGUGUCCCUUUUGCAAGGCAGUACGCACCGCCUCCUAGGAUUUUUAAACAGUCGCUCUGCCAGUUUAUUACUACAUUGUCCUCUGACUUCUCAGGUUUCCAAGCCACAUCCUCGCAAGAUGUCCAGGAACUCUGCAUUGACAUUGAAUGUUGUCAGCCGCCGCCGCCUUCUUUUUUUAAAUAUACAUAUUUGAGAUCAGAGAGAGAGGUCUCCUACCUGCUGGUUCACUACGCAAAUGCUUACAACAGCAUGGAGUGGGCCAGGCUGAAGGCAGGGGCCAGGAACUCCAUCCAAGUCUCCUACAUGGGCGGCAGGGGCGCCAGUCACCUGCUGCCUCCCAGGGCGCACAUUAGUAGGAAGCCUGAAUGGGGCUCAAACCCAGGCCGCCUGACCUGGGAUGCGCCACCCACCGCACCGCGUGCCCAUUCCCAGCUUUCUCGACAUUCCUUUGACUGCAGCCGCUGGGCCUCCCAUCAGGUAGGAAUCCUUGGAGCGGGCCCAGGCUGGUGACUGGGACAUCAUCCAGGCGCCCCCCCCCCUUCACCGCCUCGGCUUUUUCAAACACCCCCCCCUCCCCGCCUUUCCCUCCGUCUCCCAGUUCUCCGUCAGCGGCGCCGUGCGAGCCGGGAGCUUCUGAGAAAGGGGCUUCCUGGUUAGCUCCUGGGGGCGGGGCGGGGGGGCUGAGGAUCCCCCAGGCCACAGGCUCAGCUGCGGUUCAGUGUGCACAGGAGAAAGACAUUCCAGAGCCAAGUGGAAGCGAUUUUUCUGCUGAGUCCAUUCUUCCUGGCUGCCGGCACGUUGAUCUCGGAACGCCGACCAGGGCGAUGGCGGUUGGCCGAGUCAGCAUUUCUUUAUCAGCGAGGAAGGUAACUGUCCCAGUCCAGAGAGGCGCGGGGUCGCUCCGUCACGCGGAGAGGGGCGAGGGACGCUGCAGGAAGCUUCGUGUACGAGAGUUCAGAAGAACGCGUGGUUCCGGAUUUCUUCAGAGACCGAGAGCCUGGCGUUUGUCUCAAGGCUACCGCCUGUCGGCCUUGGAAAAGGCGGGACUUCCUGUCGGCUCCUGAGUGACCGGAGCCCCGCCCCGUGUGCGCAGCGGAAGUGGGCGGGGCGCACGGGUCUUUGACAGGUGCAAGAACUUUGGCAGCCGCCACAGCAGCAAACGGAGCGUGCGAGUCCUUUCCUUCGAUAAGACACCAGGACCCUCCUCGUCCUCUCUUCCCCGGCCUCUGCUGUCUCUCUGUGUCUGUCGGGUUGGCUAGAUCCGGCUGCCCUCCCAGGCCCCGGGGCGGGCGGCCCACGGGAGGGGACAGCCCGCGAGCUGGUACGUUUCUGUGUUUUCUACGUCCUUGUUUCUAGUAGCCCUCACGUAGACAUAGAGAUAUUUUUGUUUUAGAGUCCAAAGCAUAUAUUUUUGGCGUAGGAAGCGUCCCCUGUCCGCCUCCCUGGUGUAAAUAGAACCUUGUGACAGUCCCGUAGCUGUGUGUGCUAGCGACAGAGCCCCCUCCCCUGCCCUCCGCGCGCGUAGGGCUGGGACCCGGGACGCGCAUCGCGUGGACCUGGCCUGCCCACACUCGUGCGCUGGCCUCGAUGGGUGGGAAAUAAAGUCUGUAUA